GUCACCACAAGCACAACAGAGGCAGAGUUUACCAAUCUAGUUCCCACCGCGAAGGCACUGGACUGGAUUUGCGGCAUGCUUGAUGAUUUGAACGUAGAUCUGGGCCUUCAUAAAGUCAACAGAAUACUCUACACAGACAGCAGCAACGCCAAGAAC